AUGUCGACGGAGCAGCCGGAAUUACCAGACACGGUCCACGUCGCGGCGAAGUCGCAGCGCGUGCUGGCGUGCCAGAUGUGCCAGCAGCGGAGAGUCAAGUGCGACCGCAAAUUUCCCUGCGCAAACUGUGUGCGCAACGGGGCCCAGUGUGUUCCGGCCACGCUUCCGCGAGAGCGCCGCCGUUGGUUUCCAGAGCGGGAAUUGCUGGCCCGAAUCCGCCAUUACGAGACCCUACUGCAUCAGCACAACAUCAAGUUCGAGCCCUUGCACCCGUCGCAUCCAUCUGCAGGUAUUACCACCACGGUGAACGCGAAUCAUUCUGGGUUAUCUCCUCUCAGUGGCAAAACUCCUAUCAUGUCUGAGACUGGCAACGCGUGGGAUCAUCACACCUACAACAAUGACUUGGAAAACACGCAUUAUCUUCUGUUCGGCUCGCCCGUUAGUAAGGUCGACCUGGCCACGUUACACUCGGAGCAGGCUAAAAUUCUCCGGCUGUGGCAGAUUUACCUCGAUAACGUGAAUCCUCUCCUGAAAGUCACGCACACGCCCAGCUUGCAGGCUCGCAUCAUCGACGCUGUCGGUGAUCGUGCAAGCAUCGGCGCGCCAUUGGAAGCACUCCGAGUCCUCUUCAGAAUCUACUGCGUCUCUGUUAUCAGUCUUGCCGAUGAUCAAUGCCAUACCCUGGUUGGAUCUCGGAAGAAAGAUAUUUUGACAGGCUAUCAGUCUGGCGAUCAUGACUGCCUUACGGCUCUAUCCUUUACCUAUUGCUCCCAGGUAUCUGUCAGACCCGAAACAGAUCCUCGAUCCCUCUCGUCCAUGUUGGCUGUUGCCAUCCGAAUCGCACAACGCAUGGGCUACAACAAUGAAUCCAACCACGCGAAAUGCACCGUUCUGGAGGCCGAGGUGCGCCGAAGGCUGUGGUGGCCGCUGGUCAUCUUUGACAAUCGCAUUUCCUCCCACCUUCUGCUAGACAUGAAGGCCGUUCCACCAGUUUACACGAACCCUACCGAGGCACUCUUAAUGGUUGUGCGCAGCCAACUUAGCGACUUUUCUAAAGAUGCCACAACCGGCACCGCUCCUUUGGGAGUCCGCGAUCUGCUCGAAAUGCAAAGGACCGUGGAAGAGAAGACCCUUGCGCUCUGCCACCCGGCAAAUCCGCUCCAUUUCAUGACAAUAUGGUCGGCGCGGGCCUACAUGGCCAAGAUGUUGCUCUUCGAACACUGCCAUUCGAGGGAGGCAAAGUCCAUCAAGUCUACGCCGCAGCGGACAGAUGCACAACCUGAGCAACAGAAACAACAACACAACAAUUCUGGCGUUCAGUAUGCACUCAGCAUGAUCGAAUGCGACACCAAACUCACCAAGUCGCCUCUAACCAAGGGAUACCGCUGGUACAUCGAGUAUCACUUCCCUUUCCUCGCCUACACGUACCUGCUUCAACACAUCAAGAAGCACCCCGGGGAUGGCUGUGCCGGACGAACCUGGGAGGUCAUGAGCGACUGCUUUGAGGCUCGCGGCAUGGGUACAGCCGAGUAUUACAACUCGCCCUUCUUCGUUCUCCUGUCACGGCUCGUUCUGCAAGCCUGGGAGGCGCAUGAAGCGGCGCUGAAACAGCAACAACAACAACAAUGUGAUGAUAACCUUGAUAGGUCGCUGGAGGAGACACCACCACGGAUCGUAGCGACCAUCGGGGCCAAAAUUGGACAAUAUGGCAAGAUUGGGUUCAUGUUCACAACAGAUGGCAAUACACAUGCAGUCGCGGACCAGCCUGGUGGUGGUGCGGUGACAACUAUUCCAGAUAGUUUGGAGGAAUCUCACGAUCCGGCCCCAAACAUGAGUAUCGGCGGGAGUAAUCCGAUCGCUGGACCGUCAGCCUUUGCUGAUGGCUUAGCGGACAUAUUCGCGGGACCGGACACGACGGACUUGGAGCAAUUCCGGCCUGCGAUGGACUUGGGCCCUUGGUCUUGA